CUUCCGGAUUUGAGAAAAAAUAAGAAGAUGCCGGGUUGAAAAUUUAAAGAAAGUGAAAUAACUUUGUAUUUAGACUAAAUUGUCGAUAACAGCUAUGUGUUGCUAACUGGUAUUUUGGGUUGAAGAAAUGUCUCAAAUUCAAGAGGGAGGUGAUGGCAAUAAAAAGCCAGUAAAAAAGACUCCAAAUGACUUUAUGUUUGGAAAGGUCAUCGGAGAAGGUUCAUAUUCUACAGUAUAUUUAGCGAAGGAAGUAGAAACUGGAACUGAAUUUGCAAUUAAAGUUUUAGAAAAGAGACAUAUAAUGAGGGAAAAGAAAUCACAAUACGUGAUGAGAGAAAAAGAAGUUUUAAUGAAGAUGAAUCAUCCAUUUAUUAUUAGAUUAUAUUUUACAUUUCAAGAUACAGAUAGAUUAUAUUUUGUGUUAAACUAUGCAGAACGAGGGGAGCUUUUGGAUUAUCUACAUAAGUUGUCUUCCUUUGAUGUGCAUUGUUCUCAGUGGUAUGCAGCAGAAAUUGUACUAGCUUUAGAAUAUAUGCACAGUUUAAAUUUUAUUCAUAGAGAUUUAAAGCCUGAAAAUAUUUUAUUAAACACAGAAAUGCACAUACAGAUAACAGAUUUUGGCAGUGCAAAGAUCUUACAUAAAGAAGAAGAGAUAAAACCAGAGGAAGAACACCAUACACAAAGGAGAAAGAAUUCGUUUGUAGGAACAGCACAGUAUGUGUCUCCAGAAGUUCUCACCAGUAAACAAGUCUGCAGUAGUUCAGACUUAUGGGCUUUAGGUUGUAUUAUUUAUCAGUUAUUGUCUGGCCUUCCACCUUUCAGAGGAGGUCAUGAAUUUCAAAUAUUCCAAAAAAUCCAGAAAUUAGAAUAUGAAUUUCCAGAUGGCUUUGAUCCACUAGCCAGAGAUUUGGUAGAAAAAUUAUUGGUUAUAGAACCUUCACAACGACUUGGUUGUGAAGAACUAGGUGGAAUGGAACAGCUAAAAUCUCAUCCCUUCUUUGAAGGAAUAGAUUGGGAACAUGUAUCUGAACAAAAACCACCAGAACUACUUCCAUAUUUACCAGCAACAAAAGACAAUCCAGAUGAAUUAUGGAGUCGGCCUGGCUUUGAUGAUAAAAGAAUUGUUGAACUAAUAACCAAUAAUGUUAGUGAUAAUAUCAGUAUAACUGAGGAUGAAAGGAAGCAAAGGUUAGAGGAACAAAAGAAAAAUAAUGAAUAUCACAAAUUUGUGGAAGACAACCUUAUUCUGAAACAGGGUCUAGUCGAUAAAAGAAAGGGAUUAUUUGCAAGAAGACGUAUGCUUUUAUUAACCGAGGGACCACAUUUAUAUUAUGUUGAUCCUGCUAAUAAAGUUUUAAAGGGACAAAUUCCAUGGUCAGAAGACCUGCGACCAGAGGCAAAGAAUUUUAAAACUUUUUUCAUUCACACACCGAACAGAACAUACUACUUAGAAGAUAAAAAAUUAGGAUCUCAAGACUGGGUGCAAAAAGUGGAUGAAGUGUGGAAGACUUAUUAUGGUGAUAAAAAAACAAAAGACGGAUCUAAAAAUGGAUGACAGUACCUGUGAAUCAUUAAAUAUUAUGUGUUAUUCUAUAUAUUAAAAUUCAGACAACUGGGUGAGAACAGAACAUUUAGCAUUCUGGAUUAGUUACAGCAGCUUGUUUAGAAAUUUUAUUGGAAUUUAUACAUAAUUUCAAUUUUUAAAAAUGUUAGUCUAUAGAACUGACAUUCUUCUCAUAUAUUUCUAGAAAAAUUUUGUCUUUAACAUAUGUGACCAUGGUGAGCACUAGAAGUUUGAAAACUCCGUUGAAAGAAAUAGUUUUAUGAA